UACUAAUAGAAAAAGAGCGAAUGACAAUUUAAGGGACAACUUGUGGAUUGCCUAUUUUACCCCUAAAAUAUAAAUUUGUUAGUAUAGAUUAAUAAUUAUCAACAUCACGAUUUUUCAAUUAAUUUUGACUCCUUUCUUUUUUGCCUUUUUAAAGAGAAUGACUCACGACUUUUCAAUCCAUUGACUUCAUAAUUAUCUUAAUAAAUUUGUUAGUAUAUAGAUUAAUAGACUCCUUUCUUUUUUGCCUUUUUAAAGAGAAUGACUCACGAUUUUUCAAUCCAUUGACUUCAUAAUUAUCUUAAUUAAGGGAUAUAGUAUAAUUAUCUAUGGAAGAAGUUCACUAUAAUUCCGUAUAUAUUUAUAUAUAUCAAAAUCUUUAUCUUAUGUACUAACUAAACUAAACUCUAAAUAUAAAUAAAAAUUAAUUAAAGUUCUAAUUCUUCUCCAACUCAAUCAAUUAUCUCCUCGCAACUAACCUCAAAGCCGUCCUUCCGCACCAUCGCAUACAACCUCGCCGCCGCUGUGAGCCUCCGGUCCGCCGCGCUUCACCGUUGCUCUUAGUCUUUUUUCCGGUCGCCGCCUCCCCUCUUCGAAGGCCGGUUGAGGUCACCCGACAAGUUAAACACUUCGAAGAGAACCAUUCCGUUCGAUUUCUCGCUUAAUUAGUCGGACAGAGAAGCUUGAAGGUGAUCUAUCAAGGAUUUUAAAAUUUAUAUACACUAACUAUGAACAUGGAAGUUACAUUGCGCAAAACAAGCUCAUCUUCAGCUAAUGAGGUAUAUAGACAAAGAAAAAAUCUACAAAGACAAAAGAAACGUAAACGAAUUGCAAGUGAUUUGAAUUGUUCAUUGCUACAUGAAUUGAAAAAUGUGCCUGAUUGCAUUCAUUGUGGUGCAAGAAGAUUUGAAUAUGAACCUCCUACUUUUUGUUGUGAUAAUGGAAAAGUUAAACUUGCAUUUUCUGAAGUUCCUCCGGAGUUGGAUGAAUUGUUUACAGCUCAGUCAGAAGAAGCUAUUAAUUUCAGAAGGAAUAUUCGUGCUUAUAAUAGUAUAUUCUCAUUUACUUCGUUUGGUGUAAAAUUGGACAAAGAAUUGGCAUCUGCAAGACGGGGAGUUUAUUCUUUUCGAGCACAAGGCAUGGUUUAUCAUGAUCUUCCUGGAUUGAUCCCACAAUAUACGUCUCCAACAUUUUUUCAGCUAUACUUUUAUGACACACAAAGUGAGUUUGAGAACAGAAUAAACAUAAUGCAAAAUCAAGUUUUGUCAGAAGCAGUUGUACAGAUGCUCAUGAAAAUUUUAGAGAUCAACCCGUAUGCAAAAUUCUUUCGAAGAUUGAAAGAUUAUCCUUCAAUGGACAAUGUUCAGCUUCAUAUUUCUAAAGAUGUCAACUUAGAUCAACGAGUAUAUAAUUCUCCACAUGCAGAUCAAGUUGCAGUUAUAUGGGUUGAGGGAAAUAAUGAAAAUAUUCCAUUGGAGCGGGAUAUUGUAGUUCAUGCUCAUUCCGGCGACAGACAUAGAAUAAAGCAUUAUUAUGGAUGUUAUGAUCCUUUGCAAUAUCCGCUUCUUUUUCCAAAGGGCGAAACAGGUUGGCAUCAAAACAUUAGAAAGAUUGAUCCAACAUCUUUGGUUCGUAACACAAAUUCUGUUUCUACUUCUACUUCAUUAGCAAGAACCAUAACUGCAGGCGAUAUUAUCUCCAAUGAAGAACAAGGUGUUAGAAGAGAAAGCGUUAAGAAUGUAUCAUGCCGAGAAUAUAUUUGCUAUAAGAUACAGAUUAGAAAUCCAAGACAAUCCAUACUCUUAUUAGCUGGAAGAUUAUUACAGCAAUAUAUAGUGGAUAUGUACAUAAAAUUGGAGACAACAAGACUGGAUUAUUUUCGUCAAAACCAAUCAACUAUGAGAGCAGAAUUGUAUCAAGGAAUUGUGGAUAGUGUCUUUAAUGGAGAAUUAAGAGGGAAUGAAGUUGGCAAAAGAAUUGUUCUACCAGCAACAUUUAUAGGAGGACCAAGAGAUAUGCGUCGUAGAUAUCUUGAUGCAUUGACAUUAGUACAAAGAUUUGGAAAACCAGAUCUAUUCAUUACAAUGACUUGCAAUCCAGAGUGGAAAGAAAUACAGCAAGCAUUAUAUGAUGGUCAAACAGCUCAAGAACGUCCAGACUUAACUACACGAGUAUUUCGAGCAAAACUGCAAGACCUGAAAUAUCAAUUAUUCAAGAGGAAAAUUUUUGGACAUGUAGCUGCACAUGUUGAUGUGGUUGAAUUUCAAAAAAGAGGGUUACCACAUGUCCACAUGCUGAUAAUUUUCAAGUCUGGGCAUAAGUUGAAUACGACAAGUGAAAUAGAUAACAUAUGAUCUUCCCACAAUUCCUUCUUAUGAUGCUAAUAUAGAAAAUAAUUGUUCCAGAGAGAUACAAGAUGAGAUGUCGAUACAAAUUCCUGACGAAGAUCAAGAUGCAGAGUUAAAGUUGAAUGAUGAUCAACGGAAAGCAUUUUCUAUGAUUUUGAGUUCCAUACAGAAAGCAGAAGGUGGGAUUUUUUUCAUAGAUGGACCAGGUGGAACUGGAAAGACUUUCUUAUAUCGUGCACUAUUAGCUCAUCUUAGAUUAAGAAAACACAUAGCUCUUGCAACUGCUACAUCUGGAGUUGCUGCAGGGAUC